AUGGCACUAACCCUAACCCUAGUCCUGAGUUUGGCGUUCCACCCCGUAGCCAACGAUGUGGAGGUUCUCGGCCCUCACUGGCGUGAUGAGCUGAACCAACAACAACGCCUUGUGUACGACACUAUCCUAGGCCACUUUCAGGCUCAGAAUCCUACCCAAGUCCUUCUCCACGUUGAUGGUGGUGGUGGAACAGGUAAGUCCUUCCUCAUCAAGGUGCUAUCCUCCCAUCUGCAGGCGGCUGCCCUGCCAAAUCCAACCCCUAUUUGCCGCGUGGCGCCAACCGGCGUUGCAAGUAACCAGAUACAAGGCAGCACAAUUCCUUCGUUGCUACGUCUCCCAGUGGGUGGUAAUUUUACCGAUCUUCCACCAGCCGAUGCAGCUGCUCUUCAGUCCCGCCUACGGUACGUCAAAUACCUCGUUAUCGAUGAGAAGAGCAUACUUGGGCUUCAGCAGCUAGCGAGGAUCGAUUCCCGCCUCCGGCAGGCCUUUCCACAGCGAAGCCUCGAGUUCUUUGGUGGUGUGAGCGUCUUGCUUGUGGGUGAUUUCUUCCAGUUGCCACCAGUCCGGCAAAAGCCGCUAUAUUCGACUAGCACCAGCCUGUCUUCGUUGGAAAGUAAAGGACAGGCCGCCUACCAGUUGUUUGACCGCACCGUCUUUCUGACCACGGUACAACGGCAGGUUGGUGAUGGGCAGGCCCGGUUCCGUCAGGCGUUACAGGAAUUGCGUGAAGUUAAGUUAUCUAUUCCGUCCUGGAACCUUCUUAGCAGUCGGGUACAGGCUAAGCUAACGCAGAGCGAGAUCGACAGCUUUACGGACACUUUACGGGUGUAUUCUACAAAGCCAGCCGGCCUAGUUAACGGCGCCCAGGGUACUGUAUACGAUAUCGCCUGGAGCACCGGUGCCGACCCAUAUAAAGAUCCCCCCGCUGUUAUUAUGGUGGAUUUCGAUAGCUAUGACGGACCGUCGUACCUAACAACUAACGAGGGCAGGACAAUCUGCCCCAUCUUCCCUGUGACUCGUGAUUUCCUAGUGGGCAACGAGACCUGCGCUCACACGCAGUUUCCCCUAAUCGUGGCGUUUGCUAUCACAGUUCACAAAUGCCAAAGCCUAACGAAAGAUCAAAUAGUUACGGACCUCUCUACACGCGACUUUCAGGCUGGUAUUAGCUAUGUUGCUGUCUCACGGGUCACGUCGCUGCAGGGCUUACUCCUUGAGGCGCCUUUCGAUCGUCAGAGCCUCUGCAACCACACACCCACGGAAGGGAUGACGAUGCGCCUCGUUGACCAACAACACCGUCAGGCACAACAGCUAACUAACCCACCGUACCCACCAGUCUACCUUGACUAG